AUGCAGUUAAAAUUUUCAGAAACAGAUGGAUUUGUAUAUGAUUUGUUGCAUUUCUUAUGGUUAAAGGACCCAAUUUCAAAAAAAGCACCAUUGAUAAACAUACCGUAUACUCUGUAAAUAAAGGCAGGAUAUGUGAAGUUUUGGUAUUUCAGCAAGCAAGGAGUGAUUUAUAGAAAGAGCAAGGAGAAAUUGGAUCCAGAUUACUUGAAAGAGGUAUUCCAUUCGGAGAGUACAAAUAAAAUUGAAGCAGUGUGGAUUUUCAAAGAAAAUGAGAAACUUAAAUUUCAUUACAUGAAUAAGAUGGAAGUCGGUCAUUUUAUUGAGAAACUGGAUUACUAGGCUGAUGGUGUCUUAUAAGGGUUUGUAUGCCCUAAAAGGGAAUGUAAUAGCACAAUUAAAUGUAUUUGGUAAAAGAGUAGUUGCAUUUUCGAGUAAAUUUAUAAUAUCAACAAAAUGACAAACACUUCAUUACAUCCAAAUCAAAGAAUUACAACUUUUGAGACAGAUGGUGGUCCAACAAUAAGCACUACAUUGAACUCAAAUGUGUUGGCUAAAACCUUAGAAUUGACUUGCCAAGAAAUUCAACAGCAUAUUUGUAAUGUGACUUUUGAGAAGAUUAAUAUCUCUUUAAUGGAAUUGUACUUUAGAUAAGGGGUAGAUGGGCAAAUCUAUUUAUUGUUCUGUUCGAAAGUGAUAACCAAAAGUUAAAGUAGAAGUAAUAGUAAUGUGAAGUUGUCUCUGAAAGUGCCAUUACCUAAAGGGCCUAAUAGAAUUGAAUUUACAAAUCAAAGAUGCGUUGGUUGUAAAGUAAUUCAAAAUGUUAAUUUGUUCGAAGAGAUUUCCAUACGGGAGAUCAUUGAGAGUUGGGAUAGACAUCAUGAAAUCAAAUAUAAACAGGAUCCUCCAAUAAUAGAGAUGGAUAAGGAUUGUUUGGUUCCAAAAAUACUCAGAUUCAUCUAUCCCAAUUUGGAUUUCAAUCACUAUCAAGGUUUGAAAUAGAAUGUGCCAUUCAUAUGUUAAAAGAUUAAGUUAUGUUUGAAGUGCUACAAGAAUGUGAAUGAUAAUAAGUCUAGAUUUUCUACAGCCACAUACUCAAUACAGAAAAGAAUUAUGAUGAGAUAGAAGUCUUCUCAGAGUACCUUUUAGUAUGAUACACAAUCGAUAAAGAAGAGUUAGCACAGUCAAGAAUCAUUUAUAUAAAAUACCUAAAGUCAAACUAAAACUAAUAGUACUCAUAAAAGGAGCACAUAAAAUACAUCGUAUAUGUUAAAAUAUAGAUGUAAUACUUAACUUAACUUCAAUUAAUCUAUAAGUUAGAUAUUUAGAAAUGAAUAAAGUUAAUGA